GGCAAAGUACCCGAGGAUUGGAAGAAAGGAUACUUAUUCAAACUACCAAAGAAAGGAGACUUAAGUCAAUGCAAGAACUGGCGCGGAAUUAUGCUCCUGUCCAUCCCAAGCAAAAUACUAAGCCGCAUCAUCCUGGAGAGAAUCAAACAUGCCCUGGAUGAAAAACUUCGACCGGAACAGGCUGGAUUCAGGAGAAACAAGUCAUGCAUUGAUCAGAUCGCCACAUUACGGAUCAUCAUUGAACAAAGCCUGGAAUGGCAGUCACCUCUCUAUCUCAACUUCAUCGACUUUGAAAAGGCCUUUGACAGCGUCGAUCGAGAGGUGAUUUGGAAACUACUUCGCUACUACGGGGUGCCACCGACAAUUAUACAUCUCAUCCAACAGCUGUACGACAAUGCUGCAUGCCAAGUAAUCCACAACGGGAAACUUACGGAAUCCUUCGAAGUGAGGACAGGAGUAAGACAAGGCUGCCUACUAUCGCCAAUGAUUUUCCUGAUUGCAGUAGACUGGAUAAUGCGACAAACAGCGGGCAAUGAGGAAACAGGCAUAAAAUGGACUCACACAAAAAACUUGGAGGAUCUGGACUUCGCCGAUGAUAUAUGUCUGAUUUCCCACAAACUGGAAGAUAUGCAAGCGAAAAGCAACAAGUUGGCAGAAGAAGCAUCAAAGAUAGGACUUCAGGUGAACAUAGAGAAAACAGAGGUGAUGAAGAUUCCUGGGCAACACCACCAACAGCAACAACAACAACAGACAACAAUCAGCAUAAAUGGGAGGAACCUGAAAGAAACAACCUCCUUUACCUACCUGGGAAGCAUCGUUUCAACUACAGGCGGAACUGACGAGGAUAUCAAAGCAAGAAUCGGAAAAGCAAGACAAGCUUUCACUACUCUCAAGUCUGUGUGGAGGUCAACAACACUCAGCAUCAAAAAUAAGAUCCGGAUUUUCAACUCCAAUGUGAAGCAGUCAGUGCUACUAUACGGAUCAGAGACUUGGCGCGUCAUAAAGAGCAUCUCAAACAAACUACAGACCUUCAUUAACAGUUGUCUUCGCUCAAUACUCAAGAUCAGAUGGCCAGAAAAGAUCAGCAACAGGGAUCUCUGGCAAUGAGCGAACCAACCAGGAACCGAUUGUGCAACAAAUAUGCAGAAAGAAAUGGAGAUGGAUUGGCCAUACUCUGAGGAAACCAUCAAGUGACAUCAC